UUUAGACAAGGCUCCCCUCAAAGAUGGCGGGCGCCUCCGACCCUCUGGAAGAUAUGCUGUUCUCCGAGGUGGAUGAGAAGGCGGUGAGCGACCUGGUGGGCUCGCUGGAGUCGCAGCUCGUCGGUCGGAGCGGAAACAAGUCCGGCGGCGCCAAGCAGCACAUAGGAAAAGCGUUAGCUUCUCGGGCUAAUACUACAUCCGAGCAGCAACAACAACAUCAUCAUCAUCAUCAUCAUCAUCAACAGCAUAAAGCCGGGACGGAGCGAGGCUCAGAUCCCGCCGAGAUCACCCCGGCGGGCAGAGCGGCUUCUCCGGAGAGCUGCGUGAAGGCGAGUACGAGCGGAUCUCGUUCCCACUCCUCCUCCUCCUCAUCCCCAUCCCCAUCCUCCUCCUCCUCACCAUCAUCUUCGGCUAAGAUUAGCGGCGUGUGCGCGCAGGAUGGAGCAACUUCUCCCGCGGCUAGCGUUAGCGCCGCCGGCCGCAGAGCAGGAGCAGCAGCAGGCUCGGGCUCCAUGGAGACGCCGCGGCAUUACGGCACGCGGAAGAAGCGCGGCGGCGCGCGGGGCAGCGCUGCGUCUCGGAGUGUGAACGGCGCUGCGACCUCCUCCGUCAGCAGCAACUCGCCGUCCAGCGCCGGGGCCGCGGUUUCCAUGGCGAUGGCGCGCGCCAACUCCACCACGUACACCGUGUCCAGCGCGAGCCGGUCCGUCGCGCUGGAUAAAGGGACACCCACGAUCGCGCUGCACCGACUCCCGAGUCACAUCGUGGCCAGCAUCGCUCAGGGCAGGAACGGCACGAGCGUGUCGGCGCUCAUCCAGCAAGGGCGCGUGAACCACGGCAAGAACGCAGAGAGCGCGCAGAGCGGCGAGGACAAGACCAAAGCAGAUGUGCAGCAGGUUGAGCCGGGGAGUGUGAACUCGGUCCCGGGUGCGGUGUGCAUCGCAGUGACCCAGUCCCAGCCUCAGUCCCAAUCCCAGCCUAAAUCUCAAAUCCAAUCCCAGCCUAAAUCUCAAAUCCAAUCUCAGCCUAAAUCUCAAAUCCAAUCCCAGCUUCAGUCCCAGCUUCAGUCCCAGCCUCAGUCCCAAUCCCAACCGAAAUCUCAAACUCAAACCAUAUCACAACCUAAAUCCCAACCUCAAUCCCAACCUCAGUCGCAGCCUCAAUCCCAAACUCAAUCCCAAAAUCAAUCCCAAACUCAAUCCCAAACUCAAUCCCAACCUCAAUCCCAAACUCAGUCUCAACCUCAAACCAUAUCCCAACCUCAAGCUCAGCUUCAAUCUCCAUCCCAACUCCAGCCUCAAACGCAAUCCCAGCUGCAGCAUCAAUCCACACUUCAACCUCAAACACAAUCCCAACCUCAAUCCCAACCUCAAACCCAAACCCAGCCUCAACUCCAACCUCAGCCUCGACCUGCAGCUCCACCGCAGAGGAUCACGGCUCCGCAGCUGAUCGUCAGACCGCCACAACAGCAGGCGACGAUCCAGCUUCCGCCAGGAUUUACCAUCCCGCAAGGCAUGGUGUUGGUGCGGACAGAGCUGGGUCAGUUGAUGAUGGUUCCGCAGCAAGCACUGGCUCAAGCGCAGGCCCAGAGCGCCCUCUCGCCCCGACCCGCUGCCCCCACCACUACAGCCACCUUCAGAGUCACCACCCCACAGUCUCCCGUCUCGGUCCAGGCCUCUCGGGCCACUCCUGCUGUCCAGAAUAAAGUGGUUCAGUCCCAAACCCUGAGUCCUGCUCCUCAGACCUGCACUUCUUCUUCUACUACUACUACUACUACUACUACUACUAGUACUGCUACUACUACUACUGCUACUACUACUACCACUCCUGCCCUUACUAGGGCGCCUUUGGCAGUGACAACGCCCCAGCAGCACCCUGCAGCUCUGGCCCCCCAGGGGCCCACCCUGGCUCCACCCACCGCAGCUGGCCCUGCCCCCGGAGCAACCGUCAUCUCCCAGGAAAUGCAAGAGAAUGUGAAAAAGUGUAAGAACUUCCUGGCAACAUUGAUCAAACUUGCAUCCCAUAAUUCCCCCUCACCGGAGACGUCCCGGAACGUGAAAGCACUGGUGCAGGACCUUCUGGAUGCUAAAAUUGAACCAGAGGAAUUCACCAGCCGGCUGCAGACGGAGCUGAAGUCAUCACCACAGCCUUACCUGGUGCCUUUUCUCAAGAAAAGCCUGCCAGCGUUGCGUUUGUCCCUGUUGAACAGUCAGCAGUCGCUCAUUCAGCCCCCGCAGCCUAAGACCACCGCGUCUCCAGCAGGAGCCGUUGCCGGGGCUGUUACCACGGGCAAUGCCCCCCGGCAACCUAACAGCACCAUUACACCGCCACAGAACAUCAAGAGGACAGGGACGGUAGGAGCCCAGGUCCGGAUGCCUGUGGUCAUCACGCAGACAGUGCGGGCGGCAGGUGCUGUAGGGAAGAGUCCGGUGGUGCAGGCGGGGAAAAGCCCCUCGGCGGUCAGCGUGCAGCUCUCAGGCGCUCAGAAGAACAAAGUGAACGAUCCUGGGGGAGGCUCCUUCAGGGACGAUGAUGACAUCAACGAUGUUGCGUCUAUGGCCGGGGUGAACUUGAGCGAGGAGAGUGCUCGUAUCUUAGCAACCAACUCGGAGCUGGUGGGCACGCAGAUCCGCUCGUGUAAAGACGAGGCCUUCCUGCCCACGGGUCUACUGCAUCGGCGCAUACUGGAGACGGCUAAGAAGUUUGGGGUGACGGAGGUUCCCCUGGAGGCAGUAAACUUCAUCUCUCACGCCACACAGACACGGCUGAGGACGGUGCUGGAGAAAGUGUCCUUCAUCGCCCAGCAUAGGAUGGACUCCAGCAAGUAUGAGGAGUGGCACGAGCAGUCGUCAGACGUCCGCUCUCAGCUCAAAUUCUUCGAGCAUUUAGAGCGGCUGGAGAAACAGAGGAAAGACGAGCAGGAGAGAGAGAUUCUCCUCAAAGCAGCCAAAAGUCGCUCGAGGCAGGAGGACCCAGAGCAGGCUCGUUUGAAGCAGAAGGCAAAAGAGAUGCAGCAGCAGGAACUGGCUCAGAUGAGGCAGAGGGACGCUAACCUCACAGCUCUCGCCGCCAUCGGACCUCGGAAAAAACGCAAAGUGGACUCGCCUGGAGCGACAUCGGGCACUGAGGUGUCGGGGAGCUCCGUGGGUUCUCCAGCCUCAUCGUUGUCGUCCUCGCGCCAGUUCCAUCGGCAGCGAAUCACGCGCGUGAACCUCAGGGACUUCAUAUUCUACCUGGAGCAGGAGCGAGAGACGAGCCGAUCGCUCCUGCUCUACCGUGCUCUGCUGAAGUAGCUAACGUCCACCGUGCUAACACUAACUAAACUCAAGCAACAUGGAAUCGGUAGCCAACACGCAGCGACCUCCAGCUUCCUCCUGCAACGUGCCUUCAGCCAGGUUUCAGCUCUCCUGCUCUCUGUGUCUGUCAUCACAUCGCCACUGGUUUAUUUAUUUAUUUAAAAUAUGAAAUGGUGAAGAUGUUUUCACUUUUUCUUUUCAUAUUUUUCACUUUGUUAAAGGAAACAAGUAAGAUCUUGAAUCGAAAGGCUGUCGAUUAAGGAUGAGCUCAGUUUUUUUUUUUUUUUAACGUGUCUGUAAAGCCGAGCCUGAUCUCACCGAUGUGUUCGAGAAAAGCAGCGUGUUGGAGGUUUAGUGUUUUCAUAGUGAACGAUCUUCAAGACUAAAUGCCUUGAAGUGACUCAUAAAGACUGAGUUUUUGUGCAAACUUUAUGCAGCAUUAUUUAUCCACACUAAAUUCAUUACAUUCAGGCACUUCAGAAUAACAAAAAGCCCAACACAGCAUUUAUUUAUUAACCCCUUCAGACCCAAAAUGUUUUCCAGGCACAAAAUUUACAUAACUGUCAAAAAGAAUAGUUCUUAACCAUAAAUAUUACUGUGAUAUCAUCAUGUGUAGGUAACUGUCAUGGCAACAAUAUUUCCAUCAUGCUAAAUUUACAUGUUGGCAUUAACAGUGUCAUUCUGUACGUUAUUACAGAAUAGACGUAAACUGUGACAUUGCGCAGCUGACGGCAGCACGAAGCCCCGUAAGUGUUGCCAUGGUGAUGGUGAUGUGUUGCAUAGCACUUAGCUAGCAUGUUGAUGACUGAUUUAUGACAAAGCUACAAAUCAGCUCCACGUGUCAACGUAAAUCAUGUUUGAUUUUAUUGUAGCUUAUUAUUUGUGAAGUAUGGGAAUGGUAACUAGUAAUGGAUCUGGAUAAACUGAAUAAGCCGAAUAGUGUUCGUGUUCAUCUAAAAAAUAUUAACAUUUGGUAUUGGAAAAUUCAAGUCUACAAGUUAAUCAUAGUGCAGGAGAUGGGAUUUGAGCGGAAAAAAACAGGUGAAAAAAAUGACACCACACAUCCACCAUUUAAUUCGAUUCAGUUUAGCAUUAUGUCUGAGGUGUGAACAUCUAUGCGUUAGUAGUAGCAUUUAUCAUUUUUGACCCCUUGUUACGGCGAUACGUCGACACCUGCUUUUACAGAUAAAGCAGCAGUGAGACGAAACAUGAAUAAAUAUUCACCUGGUGGAAAAGCCGGUUCACUGAAGGGGAAAGUAGGCAGGAUGCGAAAUAUGUAAGUGUGACUCCUUCACAUCACAGCGACUUUAUCUAGGUGAACUUUGACCUGUGAGUUCACGAGCCUCGGUUUUGUGAGCCAAUAGAAAACAAGAAAACAGGACCUGGGGUUUAAGGUGGGAAAAAACAUGGAGAAAAAACUAAUUAAUAAUUAAGCUCAACAUGAUACUUUUGCUUGGCGCACAUCAAAAAACAAGAAAUAUUAAAAAGAGCCACCUUGUCCAUAGACUAUCCACAGUUAUUCUGUUAGCAAUGUUAAUUUCUAAUGGCUACCUGAUUUACUAAACUCUUCUCUACCUUCAAAAAACAUCUGUAGUCCCAAGAUACCCUGAUUCACAUAACCCAGAACGCAGCUCUAUUCCUCGGUCAUUAAUUCUCGACCCAUUUAACACUACCACGUCAAAUAACUGCCAAUCAGUAGACAUAUUUUAAUUCAUUAUUUAUUUUUUUAAUGAGCGAAAAACUCCCCGAAUCAUGUGAUGACCUUUACAUUGCACACAGGGUCUGAAGGGGUUAAAAAAAACACCUAAUGACAGAUAACUGCAAAACUGUUUAAGUUAAUGACACUUUGAUGUAAAUAGUUUCUUUCAUAAUACUUUUAAUCAGCAUGUGUAAAGUUUUCCAUUUCACAUUUUUUAUCAACAGAAUAAUGACUAUUCCUUAAAGAUGAUUAAAUACAGUGCUACAGUUUUUGCAUGUGCACACUGUGUGUCCAUGAGAACUGCACACUCAACAUGUCGCUCAGUCAAAACCAGCAACGGUCAAGAGUAUAGCAAUACGCCACCAGUGAAGCGUUUCGGCUAAUAGUUCUGUCUGUACGCUGCUUAUGCCGAUGUUUCUGUCUGUAACUUACGUGGUGUCCAAAUAUGAGUUCUUUAUCAAUAGGAGUUAAUAAAAAAAUCAAAUAGUAUUUAAAUUAACUUUUUUAAUGACGGUUGUUGAACUUGGCAGCUUCACAAAAAAAACCUCAUGUAGUGAGAGAACCGAAGCCAACAGCAGCAGAAAACCGAUCUCAGAACGUUAGGAAGAAACCUCGAGAGAAGCCAAGACUCAGAAAUAAACAUGGAGUGCAGGAGUGUAAGAGAGAUUACUAGAGUUCAGUGGAAAGAUCCGAGAUACAAUAAGGACUGGUGUUAGAAGUUUCUCAGAAGAUAUAGAGGUCCAAAUAAAUGGUCCGGAAAAGAUUUGAUAUGCUGUAAAGUCAACUCCAGAAUUAUUGGCACCCUUCAUUUUUUGAAAAUGAGCAAAAAUGACUAGCAUGCAGUAAGUGAUAUAUAUAUCGAGCUUAAAGUGACGCUGUAUAAGUAAGAAAUAAAAACCCAACAGGGAACGUGAUGUUAUAGGAAAAUAGUCAAUGACACAAGGUAGAGUUACUGUCACCACCCUGGAGUUGAUUAUUUUCCUAUAACAGCACAUCCUGAAGUGUUGUUAUUCCACGUAUACCACAGCAAUUUGCCAACCGUAACAAGUUCAUGAGUUCGAGUCUAAAUGAUGCCGCAUACAAGAGAGCAAAAUGUGUCGUACUCGGAUGGCGUUAAUCUCUUGUAGCUGUCGUCUGAUAGGAAAAGACCAAAUGAGGGGGAAAAUGGAGGGGGAAAAAUGAUUUCCUGUUAUCACUUACAUUAUAACAGCUAUAAAGUAUUCAUUCCCUGAAAAAGCUUAAAACAGCUUUAAUUUGUUACAAAGUUGGAGUGGAAAAUGUAAUUAUGUAUUGUAGGAUAUUUAUGGUAUUCGUUUAUUUUUGCCCAUUUUGUUGCAAGGUGCCUGUAAUCGAUUAUGGAGUUGAUUGUACGUAUAUCAGAACAUUCAACAUGCACAGUAUUAAUAUUAUUUCAAAAUAUUGUCUCCACCUCUGGGGUUCAUUCAGAAGGCAGCAUAAAGGCUAGAGUUAUUAUUUUGGGAAAAUGUUAAAGAAGAAGCAUCUUCUAGAAAACCUCCUAGAAAAUCUGAUAUUUCUCCUAACCAGGUCAGAGUUCAGUUAAAGGUUGGAAGAACAUGAUGGUCAGACAAAAUGGCCGACCUGGUACUGAACACAGUGCUGAAGGUUUCACUGUGUUUUCAUUUGAUAUUUCAUUUGAUAUUUCAUUGUGUUCAGUUCCCCGGUGUAAUUUCAGUAUGUGAGUGUGUAUUUGUAAAUGUACAGUUGUAUUAUUUUCUGCCUUCUGGUGCUCAGAGGAGUGAUCAGAAGUGUGAAUGUGCACUACUGCAGCACUAACACUGAGCUCACAGUGAAUGUACACACUGCACGUUGUGCUGUUACUGAACUGUCAGAUGUUCACAUGUUCGUCGCUUCCUGGAGCUGCCCCAGUUCUGACUCUCCGCGUCCUCGUCAGUGUUCCUCUGUCACAAUGUUGAAAUUGUAAUCUGAUUUAUUUCUCUUUUUUUAAACACACAAUCAGCGAUGCAGCUACUUUAUUCUUAAGAAACACAUACUGGACUAAUUAGAUUGGACGAUAUAGCCUAUAUGAUGUCGAGGCAGCCGUUUUCUUCUGUCACUGAUGCCAUCUUGAUAUUGAUAAAGUCUAUUUUAUACACAGAACUCUGAUGUAGUCGAUCAGCUAAGGCAUGUUUGGUGUCUGAGGUUUAACUUGAGUUUUGCACUGGAGCUAUGAGGCUAAUAGAGAUAGCAGCAUUAUAGCCACCAGUUUUUUUUUUAGCAUUGUGCGAAUUGUAUGACAAAAAAUCAGCACACAUUUACCUCAACUUGUGUCUCAAACAGAUGUGCUGCUGAUGUGGAUUCUGUCUCUGUAUGACACAGUGCUAUCUAUAAACAUGGACAAAAGCACGUCAUAACGGACAAAAUAUACGAUUAACGAAAUUCAGAUGAUUUACAAUAGUUCAGUUUUUUAAAAUUAAUUAUUAUAUUAAUUAUAUAUAGUUUUACUUUUUUGCUAUUUAUGUUACUAUGUAUAAAUGGUAUUGCUCAACCAAACAAUUCAGCAGGCAUUUUGCUAAACGGUUAACUACACCCUUUACUUGUUGGCUACAUUCUAGCUGAAAAAUAAUCAUCUCAGACGUGAAACAUGUCUUGGCAAAUCGACUACAUUUACAGUAAGGUAGAACUUGUGUACAUUUUAUCUUGGCUUAACGAUUAUUAUAGUAACUGUCCUGGUUAUAUAAGUUUAAACGAUGAUCACAGAAGUAAUCUGAUUCUUUUCAGCUUUUUUUGUACACACACAACCCCAACAUCUGUAGCUCUUAUUCAAAACUGUGUCCAAUCCAGACAUCGCUUUGUAUAUAAAAUGGACAGGAGGUCAGUUUCUCAGUCACCAAUACUGUUUUGAGAUCAGAUAUCGUUAUUCAUUGAUACUUGUGCUAUCCAAAUCAACACUUCACAUGUUUUUAGUGAUAUUCCUUCAACACAUUUCAUACUGAAGUCACGAUGCGACUUAUUUCCUCUCUUCUCUUUUUCUCACGUCACGACUGUAGCUCUUAAUUUACACGCAAUUUAACACAAAUAAGGAUGCACGAUGUCACAGGAGGUCCUUCUUUCUUCAAUUCUGAUAUUCUCAGUUGCAUUUUUCAGUGAAUUGAAUUAUGAAGUUGAGUUUAUAGGUUUGGGUUCAGUGUUUAGUCGGAGGCAGAGACAAAAAAACAGACUUCACCUCGACAUCACCUUAAACUGAAUCACAGACAUCAUUAACACUAACUUUGCUGCGUGUCUCUGACCUUUCCACACUUGACAUUCAGUCUUUCCUAAAAAAAAAGAGCGCUUUAUUUCUAUGCACAUGCUAUUUUUUUUUUUUUUUUGCUUCGUAAUUUAUAAUAUUUUUUUAACAGGCAAUGUCAGAAACUGUCACUUUUUUCACUGUUUGUUUUUUAAUUAUACAUUAUUUUUUAAACAGCACUAUUGUUUUAUUUGUUUUGUAUAAUAUAUAUAUAUAUAUAUAUAUAUAUAUAUAAUAGCUAAAGUUAUGUUACUAAUGUAUUACAGCGAUCAGCUGUGUCUGACUCUGCACCUUUGCCAGUAUUGUCACUAGCAGUUAAAGGGAAUUUUUUAUUACUAUUUAUAUUUUGUCUUUUUUUUUGUUGCUCAUUGGGAUUCACGUCUGCCAUAUUUCAGGCAAUGCGGUUUAAUCACGAAAUACCAUACGAACAAACGAUAGUACUUUAAACAAAGCACAAAUAAACCUGUUUGUCCAGUUGUUAAGAUGAUUUUAAUAAUUAUUUUUAUGGUUUCAGAUAUCAAGCAGGACAUUUCUACUCCAGCUUUUUAGCCAAAAUAUUAUUAUGAUUAUAAUUAGGAAGGUAUUACUGAUGUACACAGUUGGGAAAUCAAUGUUUUAAUGGAUGAAUAAUUUGUAAAUAUUGUUUACAAGACCAUGUGUUUAUUAGAACUACAUUAUUUUUGGUAAAACUCUGUACAUAUCCUGAAAUAUUUCCUGUUUGUGUGAAAAAAAACUUCUGUAUUUGUACCUAUUUUGUAAAGAAAUAAAUGAGCUGUUUACUAAACUUAA